AUGUUUGACAUGGGUUUCGAAGCACAGGUGAAGUCAAUUUCCGACCAUAUUCGUCCCGAUCGCCAAUGUCUAAUGUUCAGUGCAACGUUCAAACACAAGGUGGAGCGUUUGGCGAGAGAUGCUUUGUGCGAUCCAGUACGCAUUGUACAAGGAGAAGUAGGCGAGGCUAAUGCUGACGUAAUACAAACGGUAGAGGUGCUACCACGGCAAGACACCAAGUGGGUGUGGCUCACAGAGAGGCUUGUGAAUUUCGGCACAAUGGGUAAAGUGCUCAUCUUUGUUACCAAGAAAAUCAAUGCCGAAGAUCUUGCGAAAAAAUUGAAAGCUCGCGAUUUCGAUCUUGUGUUGCUUCAUGGAGAUAUGCUGCAGCACGAACGAAACGAACACCUUCAAGCGUUCCGCAAGAAAGUAAAUAUAAUGGUAGCUACAGAUGUCGCAGCACGCGGUCUUGACAUCCCGGAGAUUCGUACCGUCGUGAAUUAUGAUCUUGCACGUGACAUCGACACUCAUGUUCAUCGAGUCGGGCGAACAGGACGAGCAGGCCAAAAAGGAUGGGCGUAUACCCUGAUCACCGAUAAGGACAUGGAAAUGGCUGGACACUUAGUUCGCAACCUAGAAAGUGUCAACCAAGAGGUUCCACCAGCUCUUUUCUCUCUUGCAAUGAAAUCUGCUUGGUUCCGCUCACAACGUGGUGGUGGAUCUGCUGCUAAGCCUCACGCCAGACUUGGUCUCGGCUAUAAACCAAAAACUCGACCAGCUCCCGGUAGCGGAGCAGCUCAACUUGACCCUCUGAAAGAGCACAAACCGCGCGGUGCAACCAAUCUUACAGUACGUGACGCAAUAAGAGCUGCAACGAGUAAUCAGGGACCUGCGGCUGCCGCGCCAAACGAUAGGCUUCAAGCGAUGAAGAAUGCCUUCAAGCAGUCUUUUGCCGCGACAUUCAAGCCGUCUGAAUUGGAGACGUCGAAAAUCAGGCCACAGAUGAUUUCCGAUCCCCGUCCAGAAUGGAAACGUAAGAUCGAUGAAAUCAACGCCAAACUUCAAGCUGAAGC